GCCCCGGCCCCCCGAGCCCAGCAGGCCGAGCCAGCUGACCGCACCGCCCGCCUACAGCUCUUUUUCCGGGGGACCGCACACUAACACAGCCCAGACACGCACUUAGCCGGGACGCACACAGAGCCACACGUACCCCGCACGGAGCCGGCCGGAGCCAGAGAGACGGACCCGCGCGGACUUCUCAGUUCGAGGACGGACUCGGCUUCGCGGGGAGCCGGGGACCCCCCUCUCCCCCUCGGGCCGGUUUCUGGGGAGCCAGUGUCCCUUCCCGACCCGCCCAAGCUCCGGCCUUCGUCCUUCCUCCAAGGGUCUUCAGCAUCUCCGGAGCCCCGAGUCCGCGCUGCCGGGGCCGGGCCCCAACGGUCAGCACAGCAGGCCCCGCGCCGACCCCUCCGACCCACCAUGGACGGCGCGGCCAAUACUACCCUCCCGGGAGUCAACGCGAGCUGCCCGGAGACCAUCGACGACUUCCGGAACCAGGUGUACUCCACCGUAUACUCCGCCAUCACCGUGGUGGGCCUCCUGGGCAACGGCUUCGUCCUCUACGUGCUCCUCAAGACGUACCAUGAGAAGUCGGCCUUCCAGGUGUACCUGGUCAACCUGGCCCUGUCUGACCUGCUGUUCGUCAGCACGCUGCCGCUGCGCGUGGUCUACUACGUGCACAGGGGCUCGUGGUUCUUCGGGGAUCUGCUCUGCCGCCUCAGCACCUACAUGCUCUACGUCAACCUGUACUGCAGCAUCUUCUUCAUGACCGCCAUGAGCUUCUUCCGGUGCGUCGCCAUCGUCUUCCCGGUGCAGAACAUGAAGCUGGUGACGCAGAAGAAGGCCCGCUGGGUGUGUGCCUGCAUCUGGGCCUUCGUCAUCCUGACCAGCUCCCCGUUCCUGGCCAGCGGCUCCCACGUGGACAAGUACAACAAGACCAAGUGCUUCGAGCCCCCACAGUCCUCCUCUUCCCUCUCCUCCCUCCUGAUCCUGCACUUCGUUGCCGUGGUCCUGGGCUUCCUCCUGCCCUUCCUGGUCAUCACCAUCUGCUACACCAUGAUCUCCUGGACGCUGCUGAAGAACUCUCUGAAGAAGAACCAGGCGGACCGCAGGAAGGCAGUCGGGAUGAUCCUGGUGGUCACCGCCGCCUUCCUGAUGUGCUUCACGCCGUACCACGUGCAGCGCUCCGUGUACCUGCUCUCCAUGGUCCCCCCCGGCCAGGACUGCAUGACCCAGCUCAGGAUGCAGAAGUCCGUGGUCAUCACCCUGGCGCUGGCCGCCACCAACUGCUGUUUCGACCCCCUCCUCUACUUCUUCUCUGGGGGGAACUUCCGGCGGAAGCUCUCCACCUUCCGCAAACACUCAUGGUCCAGCAUGACCUCGGUGCCCAAGAGGCGGGUCUCCCUCCAGGACCAGUGUGGCGAGUCUUUCAAAGAAUGAUGACCCUCCCCCCCGCCCCGCCCCGCCCCCCGACUCCGACCUCACUCGGCUAUGCGGGGCUGCGUGGCGGGGAGAGGAGGGGAGCGAGCGCUCGACAGUGAGAGACUUUGAUCGCCCCGCCCAACCCCCCCACCCUGCAGAAUCACAGGAAUAUUUCCUUCGUUGGAAGCCAAGCGGAAGAAGCUGGGAGACAGAGGUGGCAGAUAGUCCGGACCGGCGUGCUGUCCUCCACAGCUCUUCCUGAGUCGGGGAGCGACAGACAAGAAGGAAGAGCGAGGAGACCGUUGGGCGCUGACUGCAGACGGCAAAUAUGGCGGCACAGGAUGGACAGUCUGUGUGUGGGUGUGGGGGGGGGUGGGGGGGUGUUUGCGUGGGUGUGUUGUGUGUGCGUACGCACCCAGCUCAGCUGGGACUGUUGGUUGUACCCUGGCCCAUCUGGCCACACUCACUCCCGCGGGGUAGCGUGGCCACCAGUGGCAUCUUCCGCAAGCGCACAGGAUUACACAAAUUCUUUACGGCUGCCCGGGAGUGACUCCAGAGGAGCUGAGGGGCCUGCACCCUACUCCCUCACCAAGCCCCUUUCUGGGCUCCAAAUGGAAUUGGAACUUGGACAGAGGGGGAGCAGGUGGAAGAGGGAAGCAGGCGUUGGGGGUUGAGCUGUGGCAGAGGGUCGGUUCUCUGCCGCAGGCCACCCUCAUCCCCAAAUCAGCUGCUUGGCUGAGGAAAUGUGAGGGUAGGGCUGCUGGGGGGGGGGGGGGAAUAUCCAGCACUUCUACAUCCACUUGCAGAUUGUAGGAACACUGUCCCGCCUCUUCCCCGGGAAAGAGGCAGAGAGAACGAUGGGAAAUUGACCCAUUAGAUCGGCCUCCCCCAACCCCAGUGACCCAGGCCUGGCGGGGGAUGGAGGAUGGAGUGAGAAUGGAGCAGGUCUCUCCUCCUGCCUCUCCUUCGAUCCAACCCCACUGAAGUUACAAAAGGGUCGGGGACUUGUCUCUAAGCUUCUCGUAGUGUCCAUCAUUACGAGUGGCCUUCUAUUGCUCCCUCUCCCCCAUGCCCCCCUACGGGGCGGGGGCGAAGAGGCUUUAUUUGAGGUAAAGCUCCUAGCCUGAGAGAGCCCGGAGAUUGUCCAGCCAGAAUCAGGGAGCUGAACAUUCGUCCCAAGCAAUGCCAGCACUCUAGGCAUUGGAGGGCUGAGCACUGGACAGUGGACUGAGCACAGUGGGCUGGCUGAGCGGGGGUCGGUGGUCUGGUCACAGUGGACUUGCUGAGUAGUGGACAGAGGACAGGCUGAAGAGUGGAUUGGCCUCAGUUUUGGUUUCCAUCUGCACCAGAAUUCCAGAUAGGUAAACCAUUGUCAGUGUUUCUGGGCUGAGAUCAGGGGCUGAUUGAACAGAUGACUGAGAGGAAUUAUCUUAAGCCUGCUCAGACAGGAGAAGUGGACUUCUCUCUCCCAAAGAGGAGCUUUCAUUCCUGAAUAGGACCUCGAGGAUGGGGACUGUGUCUUCGCCUCUUGCUGAAUGCUCCCAAGCACCUUAUCCAGCACUCUGCCUCUGGGACAGUUCUCUCUACACAAGAGGUGCCCAGUACAGUGCUCUGGUGUCUGAGCUCCUGAUAACCAACUGGCUGGGCUCAGUUGGUGUUUGAUGACGAUGAUGAUGACAAUGAUGACUGUGGUAUUUGUUAAAAGCUUACUAUGUACUAUGUAUAUAUUAAACG